AUGACCCCCCCUCUCACCCUACAUCGCGUGACCACCCUACAAGACCUAGAACCACUAUACCACAUCGGAGCAGACGCUUUCCGCGAUGAUCCAGGCAUAAACUGGUUCUAUCCUGGUGGUCGCGAACAUCCCGAAGAUUUCAUCGUGGCAUGGAAAUAUCUUCUACUGCAGGAGUUCUUCGACAAGGGGAAGUAUAUCCUUGCUGCCUCGAUCCCGGAUCCAGAUCAAGAUGAUACUAGUAUUCGCGUUGAGAGACGGCCGGGGAAAGUAGUAGGGUUUGCUGUUUGGGAACGGAGGGGGGUAUCUGAGGCUGCGAAGAGUUGGCAGGGGGGUGGGGUUUUAAAAGGUCUCAAAAGACUUUUGCUCAAUCUGCAGAUCCUUUACACAUUCUAUUUCGAUACACCACGCCGAUCAUUAUCCUGGCCCAGACUGAGGCAUUUCGGACAUGAGCUCGAGGCAGCUAAGGCUAGUCAACCGAGCGAGUCGUGGUAUCUCAGCAAUCUGGCCGUUAGCUCAACGGCUCAAGGGCAAGGGGUGGGAAAGAAACUGCUGCAAUGGGGAAUUGAUCGAUCCGAGGAAGAGGGUAUCCCGGCUACUUUGGUGUCCACUGAUGCUGGGCUUCAUUUGUAUACGAGUAGGGGGUUUAGGAAUUCGGGCUGGUUAUUCUUUGAUGAUGGGCGGCAGAAGCAGACGGUUAUGAGGAGGAAUGUUAAGUAUGUGGGGUUGGAUUAG